GUUGGAUUCGCUGGUUCUCUCUUCGGUUGAUGUCCAGUCUUGAGGAUUCUUUUAGCGUGCGCACAUUUAACUCAGCCGCCCCAACCAUCUACCACUUUUAGGGUUUGCCACCCCCACCCAAACCGGAACUUCAUCAUCGGAACUUUAGGGUGUUUCACCACUACAAAUGUGUCGAAGCUAAAGAAAGGGUUCAGUUCCUUCGGAAGCAGUACGCGUGCCGAUUGAUUUGGGUUCGGUUUAUCAUAUCCGGGUCUACAUAUACUGAGUGUUUUUUGCGAUUUAUUUGGCCAAUAGACUUGCUAAUAUCGGACGUUCGCGCCAGUGUAAAGUUGCAGGUGCUUUGCUACAGUCAUAGUGACCCAUACAGGAAUCCAUCUUUUGGAAUUAGUACCACACAUUUAGUGCAGGUCGACAAAUGCGAAGAUGACAAGAAAGAGGGCACUCUAACAAACCUAAUGGAAACAAUGAAAUAUCAGUAUACGUCGCCGUACGAUAUGCCAUUAAGUGCGAGCGGGACGGUAGAUGAGUUCCAACCGAUCUUCAGUUGGCCGAGCGGCUUUACCGAUCACAAGGUGGCAUUGGAUGGCUCCACCGAGAGUACGAGAAGCGAAAACAUGUUGCCAGAUCCCGCACCAGACGUCAACGAAAUCGUCACCAAAGUGAACUUGGACGACUGGUCCAGGACGAUCGAGCUGAGGCCGCUGCCUCCAUUCACGGGCUACACAGCCAACUUGAAGAUCAAUGGCAUCCCUGGCCGCCAUUAUCACACGAUAUCGCAAAGUGUUCCCGAGGGAGAGUCGAGCUAUUGUGAUAAUAACAUUGUGUCCAGUUCUACGUGCAAUAUCGGGUCGGAUUCGGGCGACGAAAUGACUAGGCUGAACUUUGAAUGUAUACCAAACGAGAGUCCUAUUCAGUACGAGGUGUUCAGCCAGAAGUGCGAGUACGAGACCACGUCUAUAGACUACUUAGUUGAGGACUUAAUGGGCGCUGAUAUGGCCGACACGACCGUGCCCAAUGUAAAUAAUAAUAAUAACAGCGUUAGCAACAACAACAUUAUCGGUAAUUCGAACAAUAUCGAGUGCGGCAAUCGGAACGAGUCUGACGAGUGGAUGGACCUGGGAGAAAUAUGGGGUCCCUCGGACGCGCAGAAAAUGUCUCCACUGAACCAGGACGGAAUGCAGGACCUCUUAGAGCUGAGCGCCGCUAACAAUUACACGAAGCCUCAGGACAAUCCGGACUAUGGCGCGAGUAAAGUGCAAUCGAUGAGUAGCGGGCCGACGUUGCAGAACUUGCCGACACACGACAGCAUGCCCCUCUUGCAGUAUCGGCUGCAGAACGGCCCCCCCAUCAAGCAGGAGAGCCCCACUUCUUCAAACUACAACAAUCUCAUCCCUGCGUUAAGUCCGCCCUCCACUUGUGGCUCUACAACGGAUAACAUGAUGCAAUUCCUACCCCAUUACCCCGUGCAGAUCAUGCGGAAUAACAGCAGGAAGCGCAGCCCGGACCUGAUGGGGCACAAUCUGCCUCACACGAGCAGUUCCUCGCCUACCAAAAGGCCAAGAGCUCGAGCGCAGAAAAAACCUCAGCCUCAACCGAACAACCCGGUUUUUUCGAACGAACAGGCGCUGGGCUUGGGGAAGGAGAAGCAGAUGCACUACUGCAACAUUUGCAACCGCGGGUUCCUCAAUAAGAGCAACAUCAAAGUGCACCUGCGGACCCACACAGGCGAGAAACCCUUCAGUUGUGAAACGUGCUCCAAAGCGUUCCGGCAGAAGGCGCACUUGCUCAAACACCAGCAAAUCCAUAAACGCCUCGGAAGAGACUAGUGUUUAGUGAGAUUUUUACUGGUAAGUUCUUGGAAGACUUGAAGGAAAUACAAAAUUUCGCGAGUUUCAUCAGUUUCGAUACCUACUGUUAAUUGUGUUUUGCACAGUUCAAAACUGCUCCUGUUCCUUGAAGGUACCCCGCUACAUACAGGGUGAUUCAAAAUUAGCGUCAUUCAAAUGUCAAGUCAAAAUUUCUAGAAGAUUUUAACAGUUGAAGA